UGAACGUAAGUUUACCAAAAUAGCCCUCCCCCAUUAAACAAGAAGCAGCAAAAAGAGGUCCUCCCUCGUCCUCCCACCAUCGUUCUCUUCAGCUUUUCCAAUGGAAGAAGCCUCCUCACUGCAAUCACGCUAUCACUCCCCUCACGCCUUCGAACUGCUGCAGCAACAGCAAGUAGAAGAACAGCAAAGUGGUGCUUGUUCGAAUGUGGAGAUGGACGGCCGGCUGACUUCAUCUCUCCGGCGAGUCAGGGAUGGAAAUGGAAAUGGAAAUGGAAAUUACUCAGAAGCUGCUGCAGCAUACCACCACUCCGCCGCCGCCGCCGCCGGUGGUGGCGGUGCUAAGUAUAAGCUCAUGUCUCCGGCCAAGCUCCCGAUCUCUAGGUCACCUUGUACCCUCACAAUCCCACCUGGGCUUAGCCCGACGUCGUUUCUUGAAUCCCCUGUUCUACUCUCCAACAUCAAGGCAGAGCCUUCUCCAACUACAGGCACCUUUUCUAUGCCUCAAAUGAUGCAAGGCUGUAGUGGGACAUCCGGAUUUUCAUAUCUCACAAACUGUUCCAGUCUGAAUACUGUAAACAAGACGAAUUCCUGCAAUUUUGAGUUUCAGUUCCAUGCUGAUUCAGGCGAUGCAGCAGGAUUGAGACCAAUUGGACUUGCGGUGUCAUCAGGUUUAGUCCAGCAGCAUAAUAAGUCACUUGGACAAGUUCCAGAUUCGGGCCUUCCUCAGUCAUUAGUAUCUUCAUCUUUGGUUAAACAUGAGGUGGUGAUGGCAAAAGAGUCAAAUUUUUCUGCACCAACCACAAUAUCAGAUAGUGCUACUAUAGCUGUUGAUUCUGAUGUAUUGAAUCAGAAAAAUCAUCCAAAUAUCAGCAAUCAAGUAUCAAAUUCUGAUAGUAAAGAUACAACGUCAUCAGUUGCAAAUGACAGGUCAUCAGACGAUGGGUAUAAUUGGCGAAAAUAUGGACAGAAACUUGUAAAAGGAAGUGAAUUUCCUCGAAGCUAUUACAAAUGUACGUAUCCUAACUGUGAAGUGAAAAAGAUAUUUGAACGUUCUCCUGAGGGGCAAAUAACAGAAAUUGUGUAUAAGGGUUCACAUGAUCAUCCUAAGCCUCAGCCAAGCCGUCGAUUUACUCCUGGUGCUCUUUUGUCUAUUCAAGAAGAGAAAUUUGAUAAAGAUUCAACUUUUACUGGUCAAGAAGGUAAAGAAGUUAACAAAUUAAUGCAGUUUUAUGGAACUUUUUGA